AUGCAGUUUUUUUUUGAUAGGUGUGAUUUUGAUUCAAGUGAGAAGGGUCUUGGUUUGGUUGAUGCUCCUGUGAGGCCAAUGCAAUGGGAAUCGGCAAUAUUUCCACAUGUUCUGCUGAAGAAUGUUAUUGUUGAGAUGCAGUUUAGCAAGGAGGACGGGCUGGAACCGGUUGAUGGUUAUGAGCCGUGGAGCUCAGCUUUUGCAGAUGGGAAUGCGGUGUCUGGCCCCAUGUUUGUAGAACAGGGAGAAUGUGAGGUUAGGAUGAUGGUUGGUCUCCCAGCGUCAGGGAAGUCUACUUGGGCAGAGCAGUGGGUCAAGGAACAUCCGGAGAAGCGCUUCGUCCUUCUUGGAACCAACCUUGCAUUGGACCAAAUGAAGGUGCCAGGAUUGCUGCGUAAGCACAAUUAUGGCGAGCGUUUUGAUCGUUUGAGGGAUCAUGCUACAGCGAUUUUCAACAAAUUGCUGGACAGAGCUGCAAAGGUCCCUCGAAAUUACAUCAUUGACCAAACAAACGUGUACAGAAGUGCUCGUAUUCGCAAGUUGAGACCAUUUGCAAACUACCGCAAAAUUGCUGUGGUCAUGUUCCCAUUGCCAAGUGAACUCAACUCCAGGGCAGCAAAACGUUUCAAGGAGAUGGGCAAGGAUGUACCAGCUGAAGCAGUUGAUCAGAUGACAGCCAAUUUUGUCUUGCCACUGUCAAAGCACAUGCCUGAUACGAAGGAGCCUUUCGAUGAGGUAAUUUUUGUGGAGCUUUCCAGGGAUGAUGCCCAGAGAAACCUAGAUGAGAUGAAACAUUUGCUCCCAAGAGUCUCGACUCCCAGUUAUGACAAUUUUAAUAACCAAAUGGUUAGCUCGACAUAUACCGGGAUUGUUUCUCUGGGCAUUCCUGCGGCAAGAUCAUCUCUGACAGGCUUUCAACCACCAAUGGAUAACCCAUAUGGAACAGGUGUGCAAGCUCCGGCUGUCACCGGGAAUCAAAGUUUCCAGAGUACAGCAGAGAAACAACAUUUAAUCGAGCCAAACUACUUGAAUGGCCCAUAUCAGAAUCAAAUCCAUACGAUCUACCCAAAUCCUAGCUAUACAAAUAGCACAGACCAACAUCAAAUCCCCCCAAGCCACCCAAGUACCACAGACCAACAUCAAAUCUAUGGAAGCUACCCAGCUAUCCUGUUUCCUGGAUAUGUGCACGGUAGUACAUAUGUACCCCAUGAAAGCCCAUACAAUCCUAAUCCUAGCAAUACAAAUUUGCACCAAAGAGUUGAAGCUCCCAUGGCUUACACGAACUUCUACCAGACUCUUGGACCAUCUGGCUAUGGACCUGCAGCUUCGACUGAAAGGCCAAUCCAUGCCCAACCAUUACCUCAAGCAAUGUACGGUUCUUCUGGCAAUUACGGACCCUAUGAACAACAGUCAAUUGAUGGGCACAACACAAGCUUGCAGUAUGGUCAAGUUUUCAUGCCGUGUCCUUACGGAACUCCUCCCCCUCCAGUUCCUGGGCGGCCUCCUUGCGCACCUCUUCCUCCAUACAACAUUAAUCCACCGCCAAGCACUUAGUAGGGACUGGGAGAGCUGGAUCAACGAACAUAUGACAGAGGAUACGGCAGAAGAUUAGAUAAACGUGACCUACGUGCUUGUUAUCCGUUUUUGAGACUAUGAUGCCGUGUAUAAGUUUACACUGUGAUAUACUGUUUCCUGGAUUAUCUUGUGCAAAAAAGCUGACAGUUUUGACUUUUUCC